CCCGCGUUUUAUGCAUGCAAACGCCAAAUAAACUUAAAUUAAAUUAAAAUCAUGCCGGAAGAGCCAGAAGUUGUGGUUGUGGAUAAACGCAACAAUUUGCCCUGGAUUGAGAAAUACAGACCAGUCAAGUUUGAGGAAAUUGUGGGCAAUGAGGAUACUGUGGCGCGCUUAUCUGUUUUCUCCACACAGGGAAAUUCACCCAAUAUUAUUAUUGCGGGACCACCUGGUGUGGGCAAGACGACAACAAUUCAGUGCUUGGCCCGCAUAUUGCUGGGGGAGAGUUACAAGGAUGCGGUGCUGGAAUUAAACGCCUCCAAUGAGCGUGGAAUUGAUGUGGUUCGCAACAAGAUCAAGAUGUUUGCCCAGCAGAAAGUAACGCUGCCCCGCGGCAGGCAUAAGAUUGUCAUCCUGGACGAGGCGGACAGCAUGACGGAGGGUGCACAGCAAUCUCUGCGUCGUACCAUGGAAAUCUACAGCAAUACGACAAGAUUUGCACUCGCCUGUAAUACGAGCGAGAAGAUCAUUGAACCAAUACAAUCGCGUUGUGCCAUGCUGCGAUUCACCAAGCUGUCGGAUGCCCAGGUGUUGGCCAAGUUAAUCGAAGUGUGUCAGCUGGAGCAGCUCAAGUAUGAGGAGGAUGGACUGGAGGCGAUCGUAUUUACGGCCCAAGGUGACAUGCGACAGGCACUCAACAAUCUGCAGUCGACGGCACAGGGAUUUGGUGAUAUAACGGGCACAAAUGUGUUCAAGGUGUGCGAUGAACCGCAUCCCAUGCUGCUCCAGGACAUGCUGCAGCAUUGUGCCGCCAAUGACAUCCACAAGGCAUACAAGAUAUUAGCCAAACUGUGGCGCCUUGGCUAUGCACCUGAGGAUAUUAUUGGCAACAUAUUUCGUGUCUGCAAACGCCUGAAUGUCGAUGAGCAAAUGAAGUUGAACUUUAUUCGAGAGAUUGGCAUUACACACAUGAAGAUUGUGGACGGUUGUAAUUCCCUUCUGCAGCUAACUAGCUUGCUGGCUCGGCUUUGCAUGGUCGCUGAGUCUCAUUAGCAGUCGCAUUUCCCAUUAAAACUAACUCAUUUUAAUUUUAAGCUCACACAUUUUAAAUAAAUGCAAAAUACACUUUA